AAAACAAAUAUUUUGUACUUUUUUUUGGGUGAAUAUUUUGUAGAUUUUUGAAUAAUACGUUCUUAUGAGAGACGAGCGUGCGCACACUUCGCCCAUAUCGAUGAGGGUUCUAUGUUUUCCAAAAAUAUUUUGCUGAUUCACCCAAACAAAAUCUCUAAUAAUCUUAAUUUUCAAACAUUUUCUUACAAAUUUCAAUAUGCUGGCAUAUCAGCCCACUGGCAAUUUGGAUCAUCGUCAUCUCAACGUUUCUCUGCCUCUUCUCAGGAAUUCCGCUUUCCUCUCCAAGGUUGGUAGAUUCAAACCUGGCACUUGCUUUGUUCAUGAUUAUCCCUACAGGUUCCCUCAACUGGCUUCCACAGACUUGCAGUUAGAAUGUAGAAGGAUUCAUCUGGGAAGGUCUCAUCGGUGUAAUGGAAUUAUGGAUGAUGGCCUCCCGAAUCUUUCAGUAACACAGGAAUCUGAAGACUUUGUUCGUAAAGCCACAAAUAUGAAUUUUUUUGAGCGGCUAAACUGGGCAUGGAACAUAUUGUUUCCCAGAAAACUCAAGAGAACUUCAAAUGCAGAGAUAGCAAAGCAGAGACUCAAAAUGAUCCUCUUUUCUGACAGAUGUGAAGUAACUGAUGAGGCUAAAAGAAAAAUUGUCAACAAUAUUGUAGAUGCGCUCUCAGAUUUUGUGGAAAUUGACUCAGAGGAUAAAGUACAGUUAAAUGUGUCAGCCGACCCAGAUCUUGGAAUGGUUUAUUCUGUAACUGUCCCAGUUCGGCGUGUAAAGCCGGAGUAUCAGGACUACAGUGAAAGCUUCGGGGAUAUAAAGAACUUAGAGUACAAGGAUGUCAGUGGGAAACUAAGGACUUUUGAUAUUAGAUUGGACUACCCCAAACCAAAUGAUGGACAAGCCUAGAAUCCUUUUCCUUCUUGUUGAAAUGAAAUUUAGGCAGGUGGUUACACUUUCCCAUAGUAUAUAAUUUUGUACUAUUGUAUAAGAAUCCAUUUCUCACUCAGAUUGCUGUUCAUUCUGUCCGUGUGUAUUUGCAACCGAUCAAUGUUAUGUUCUGUCCCAAAUAGUAAGUAAUUUUGUAAAAUUCUUGGAUUUUACCCCUAAAAUUUAGCUUCAAAGUUAUAGCC